AAGAUUUGUGGUCACACUGAUUGAAAUCUUUCGGAGCGUCUCAAAAAGUUGGAUUGAAAAGCGUAAAAGAAAAUUAAAAGCGCCAUACACAAAGAUUUUUGCAUUAAACGCACCACCCGUCUAAAAAGUACUGUUCGUUAGUUGCCGUCUACUCAAAAUUGCAUAACGCCAAUUGUGGUUAAUUUGGUACACACACUAUUGGGAAAAACGCAAACGGCGUACAUGUGUUCUUAAUUGCACUAAAAGAAGGAAAACAACAGUUACUUGUCAUUUCAUUUUUUUUGACGCAUCAAAGAAGGCUAAACAAAGGUGAGUGUGUUCAAUUUUGAGCAUAUAUAUUUUCACAUAUUCGUCGUAAAUAUAUUUAAAUGUACAUAGAUAUUGUGUAUGCAUAGUGCUAUAAUUUGUGCCAUCAUGAGUUCCACUGAGGAAAACAGUCCAGCAACAACGCCACAGGAGAACGAGCCGACUGGCGAUCAGACUAACCCACGGGAUUUGGAAAAGAUCGAGGAAGAGAAGCUCAAGUCGAAAUAUCCAACUGGUAUGCGUGUGCCUGGUGGACAUUCGGCAUUCCUUCAAAAGCGAUUGCAAAAGGGCCAAAAAUUCUUUGAUUCUGGCGACUAUCAAAUGGCCAAACAGAAAGGUGGCGGCGUGAAACAGGUGUUUGCCAAUAAGGUAACCACCGGUGAGGCGAUCCCAACUCCAGAAACGGUGCCUGCUCGCAAAACGUCGAUUAUACAACCAUGCAACAAGUUCUCAACGGCGAGUUAAGCAACAACUUUUAUUUGGCGUCGAAACAAAAGCGUCUCACAUUCAAUCGACGCCUUUCCAAAUGCUCUUUACCUAAUACAUAUAUAGUCUACUAUUUGCUAGAUCGGCUGAUCUGUGUGUGCACUAUGCCGUUUUGCGCUGGCGCUCAUUUUGCCGAAUUGUUAACAUGUCAUUCAAGUCUUUUUUUUUUACUCAUAUUUUAUUUUGAUUUCGAUGUUUGAUUAAAUCUCAGUUAUAUACAGCUAUUUACCUAAACAAAACAAGAAAAAAUUAACAAUUAACUUUAAUGUAUAAUCCUUUAGCAUGCUCUAAUAUAUAUAUCUAAUUGCGCCGAUAUACUAUAUACCUAGCUUAUGUGCAGUCAAUCUCAAAAAAACGUUUAAUGUAUCAUAUAUAGCACACUUGAAUCAGCACAUCACUAUGCAAAAAAAACAAAAACAAAAAAAAAGCGAGAAGUUCUAUUUAACCCUGAUCGUAUGUAGUCGUAAGUUAAUUGAAAUCAUAAUAAAAUUAAGCUGAUACCAGUUCGUAUAAUUCAAACAUUUUGAAAAAUUGCCUUUAUAGCAGUGUUCUGAAUAUAAUUUUUAUGAAAUUAAAAGAAAUUCACCGAGAGUAAACCAUUAAAGAAUGCUGACUAUAAAUUAA